AUGGCUGAGUACAAUUAUGUUAUGUUCAGAAUUACCUUCCAGUUGAAGCUCUGUGGAGAAACCAUUAUUGAGGAAGACAUGCUGGAAAAGACUUUUAGCACUUUUCAUGCCUUCAACGUGCUCCUGCAGCAGCAGUAUAGAGAGCGAGACUUUACUCAGUACAACCAGCUGAUAUUUGUGCUUCUUGUAGCUAAGCAAAACAAUGAGCUUCUGAUGAAGAAUCAUCAGUCCCAACCUACUAGAUCAGCACCAUUCCCAGAAGUGAAUGCUGUUUCCUUUGAAGGAAUACCACAUCCUCAUGGUAAUAAUUACAAACGAGGACGUGGCCACAAGCGAAGCCAAAAGGGCAAGAACAAUGGUGUCAAGGUUCACAACCAGGUUCCAAGGCAUAAUACAGGCCUGAGCCUUAAAAAUGCAAAUUGCCAGAAAGGCGAAACUUAUAUGAACACUCCUAGAAAUCCUGAAGGAGUUUGCCAUAGGUGUGGUGGCAAUAGGCACUGGGCACGUACUUGUCGUACCCCAAAACAUCUGGUGGAUCUGUAUUAA